AUGACAUUGUCCCCAAUUGUCUCGUUCGAUUCGGUAAAAAAGAAAAACGUGCUCGAACCGCCAACCACGUCGCCUCGCGGACCACUCCGGUGCAACGUGUAUGCAAUAGAUGUAUAUAACCUUCGAACUACGCAGCAACAUCGUCGCGACGACCGUUCACGCAAUUUCUACGGUCAAAUUGCGUUUUUGGGGAAAACGCCUUUUCAUCUUACUACCACCGCCACCACCGAGACAUAA